AUGACAGGCCGCCUCGCCAACAAAGUCGCCAUCAUAACCGGCGCAUCCUCGGGUAUCGGGCGCGCGACGGCCCUGCUCAUGGCUCGCGAGGGUGCCGCGGUCGUGUGCAGCGACAUCCGGCAGGGCCCGCCGACGGACCCGGGCAACAGCGGCGGCGGCAGCAGCAGCAGCAGCAGCAGCACGCACGAGGAGAUCCAACGGCUCGGUGGGCGGGCGGCCUUUGUGGCGUGCAACACAUCCAACUCGGCACAGGUGCAGGCGCUGAUCAAGGCGGCGGUGGCCGAGUUCGGGCGGCUCGACAUCAUGUUCAACAACGCCGGCGUCGGCAAGGAAGGGGACAAGCACCCCAACACCAUGCUCUGGGAGUACGACGAGGACGACUUUGACGAGACCAUGGCCGUCAACGUCAGGGGCGUGUUCCUGGGCUGCAAGUACGCGGCCGCGCACAUGAAGGACCAGGAGCCGCUUGUGCCCGGCGGUGAUCGCGGCUGGAUCGUCAACACGGGGUCCAUCAUGGCGCUCAAUGCCAUCAGGGGCAUCACGGCCUAUGCGGCGUCCAAGCAUGCGGUCUUGGGCAUCACCAAGGCGGCGGCUUUAGAUUGUGCGCCUUUUAAUAUUCACGUCAACGCGGUAAACCCUGGCUUCGUCACGACGGUAAUGACACAGAAGAUGUUGAGUAAUAGCUCCAACAGUGAGGCCCUGUCUAGGCUGCAUCCACUCAAGGGAAUAGGCAAGGUCGAAGACAUAGCCAGGGCGGUGCUUUUCCUUGUCAGCGAGGAUGCGUCCUGGAUCACGGGCGAGAGUCUUUGUGUUGACGGUGGAUUUAAUGCAAUGUGA